GACUUGGUUUUGUAAUCAAGCGUUAGUGGCCAAUCAGUAGAAGCUAUUUGAUCACAUUGCCAGUGUGUGUAGUUACGUGCACGGUGGGUGCUUAGGACGGUGGGGAUGGUGAUUAUGCAGGCUGGGCGCUUUAACUGUGGUAUUUUUGGAGCUUAUGGACGGGACAACGAAGGAUCUCUUUAGGUUCUGACAUUGUCAGGGGUUCAUGUUUUGAAGCAAUGAGUGCAUUAGCCGGUGACAGUCAACGAGAUCAACAAGAUGUUUUGCUACAGAAAGCGGAAAGUUUUGCAUUGGGGAAUCAGUUGAAAGAAGCUCUGGACACUUACUCAGCUGCACUGCAAUUUGGGCCACUAGCUCCUGGGCAGCUGAGCUCACUUGUAAACUGCGUACUCCUAAAUUACCUCCCGUGCCCUGAUCAGAGUACCCCCAAAACUAGGGACAAAAGCCUAACUUGUAAGUUUGAAUGCCCAGGUUGUGGGACAUUUUUGGCAAAUCCAGUCAUACUACCCGAAUGUGGACACUGUUACUGUGGUCGUUGUUUGAAGAAGGGGUUAUGGACUCGUUGUCGGUUUUGUGGGGAGUUUAUUGGAAUUUCCAUUAGGGCUCGCCGUCCUAAUGUACUUUUGACCCAACUAAUGGAAAAGUGGUUUCCGGGCGAAGUAAACAAAGUUCGUACCAGGGAACGGGCUAGUGAAUUACUUCAGGAACAGGAUUAUGAAGCGGUUCUGCUACUUGUCAACCAGCAGCAGAUCAACAAUCACACUGAUUGGAUAUUGAGAAUAAACAGAGCUGAAGCAUAUGCUGGUCUGAAACGGUUCAGGGCAGCAGCUGAUGAGCUGGAUUCACUACAGUCAGAAUUCCCCGGCUAUUCUGAGGUAAUCUUUAUGAAAGCUAAAAUUAUGCAUGCCAUGGAUUGUGUAGAUGAGGCGUUACAGCUGUAUCUUCAGUGCUUAACAAUUGAUGAGGACUUUGUACCUGCAAAAUCUGAAGUGGAAAAGAUAUUGUGUGAUCUGCUGUCUCCAGUUUCUGAGAAUGUGAAAGAAGGUCUACAAGGAUCUGUUCGGAUUUCACCACACAUUAGAAGUAAAAUGCCUCUAAUACAUCAACCUGAAGAAGGCAGCAGCCACAUGCAUUCUUACAUGAAAUCAAAAGUGACAAAGAAAAGUGCAGUGUUUCAUAAAGCUGGUUUCAGCUCAGCCAACUCUGAUCAGAUUCAGAAACUAGUGGAAAAUGAAGUACAAGAGGAAGGCUUAAAAAGGGUCAUCUCUGCUCCAUUACUGUGUAGCCCUGACGCAGUGGCUCUUCAAAAAAGAAAACUGUCAGUUUCUGAUGAGGAUCUGCACAUGUGUAGCGAUGGAGAAAGCAAACAUAAAAAACAAGGAGAAUCUUCUGAAGUGUCAGACACCUCAGGAUGUAGAGUAGUUCCAGAGGAAUUAAUAGAUACAACAGAGUUUGAAUGUCCUUUAUGUAUGAGGCACAUUGAGACUAUAGCAACCGCUUGUCUGCAAAGGUUGCUCUUUGAGCCUGUAACUACGCCAUGUGGUCACUCGUUCUGUAAAAAGUGUUUAGAACGCUGCCUAGAUCAUACACCCCACUGCCCACUAUGCAAAGAAUGUCUCAAAGAGUACCUGGCAAACAGAAAGUACUGUAUUACACAUCUCCUGGAAGAAUUAAUUAUGCAAUAUUUGCCUGAUGCAUUCUCUGAAAGACAGAAGAUAUUCAAAGAAGAAACUGAAGAAUUCUCAAGUUUAAAUAGGAAUGUGCCAAUCUUUGUCUGCACUAUGGCUUACCCUACUGUGCCUUGUCCUCUUCAUGUCUUCGAACCACGAUAUCGAUUAAUGAUCCGCAGGUGUAUAGAAAGUGGUACAAAACAAUUUGGAAUGUGCGUCAGUGAGCCUCAGAAAGGUUUUGCAGAUUGUGGAUGCAUGUUGUUUAUUAGGAAUGUUCAUUUCCUACCUGAUGGACGUUCUGUUGUAGAUACAGUUGGUGGAAGACGUUUUCAAGUGUUGCAGAGAGGGAUGAAGGAUGGUUACUGGACUGCACACAUUAAGUAUUUGGAAGAUAUAAAGGUUGAAGAUGAACAAGGACUUCAAGAGUUGAGGGUGCUUCAUGAUGAAGUGUACACCCAAGCUUGCACUUGGUUCCUAAACCUAAGAAGUAGAUUCCAACGCCAGAUUCUUCAGCAUUUUGGAGUGAUGCCAGAAAGAGCAGAAGACAUACAAGUUAUGCCUAAUGGACCUGCGUGGUGUUGGUGGCUUCUUGCUGUCCUUCCUGUUGAUCCUAAAUAUCAGCUGUCUGUUCUGUCAAUGACUUCACUUAAGGAUCGCUUGAUAAAGAUACGGAAUAUCCUGACAUAUUUUUCUAGAGAUCAACCGAAAUGACUAGCCGUCUGGAGAUUUGUUGAGAAUCAUCCCAUCUUGUCUGCUUUUGCAGCUGGACUUCUUGCAGCCUUUGCACAUAUAGUCCUUCUUUCGGAAACUUAAAAGUAAUAGAAUGUGUAGUGAAUGAGAUUUUCAACCAAGAGUGGUUGGUGUAUUUGUAUUAUGAGAACAAGAGCCAUGACUUCAUUUUCAUUAGCUCUGCUAAAAAAAAAAAAAAAAAAAAAAGUUGCAGUUUGCACUAUAUUAAAGACACAUAUCUGUAGCAUUUCUUGCUGCAUUUUUUUGUUACAGCCUUUUCUUGUUUUCAUUUGGCUGGAAAGGAAACAAUAUUUUGUCAUCAUUGAGAAGCCCACGUUUACAAUAUUAAUAAAUUUCCAGAAAUGUUGCCAUAUUUAGAAAUUCAUGCUGUAAUUUGCACAGUUGCAGAAUUUUUUUUAAGUAUUUUUUUUUUUUGUAAUUUAUGGAUAAGUGAUGUUAUCAAGUUAUUUAAGUUGUGAUCUCAGAUGAAUGACACUGAACAAAAUUUGUUGUUAAAGCAAUUUUGUCUGCACUACCAGUUAAGGUGUUUUCUACCAGUUAAGAAGGUACUUUGUGUUUGUAUUAAGCUGUUGAGAAAGUUGUUUAUAUUACUACAUGUAAUAAAAACCAUAUGUAAGAGAUUUUAAACCAAAACAACCUGUGAAGUCCAAGUUAAGCUUUACUAAAUGAUUGUACAAGCAUACUGUAUAUAAACCAAAGUACACUUGUAAGAGAUGUCCAACAGUCUCUGUUUUGCACACUAUCUGAGCAGUAACAGCAUAAAAUACCAUCUUCAGCAGCUUUCAGCAAAAAUGUACCAAACAUUUUACAGAGUUGUAACAUUACAAAAAAUGCAGUAAUGGCAGAAGCUUUGAGAACACCUCCCUAAUAGUUAUAUUAUUUUACAUUCUCUUCAUACAUUAAUACAGAGUACCCAGAGAAUUCAUCAAAGGUUACUCAGAAAAGCAAAACCUUUAACGUCUUUAUGUUGAAACAGUCCAGCAUGCACAAGUUGAGUUUCAGGUUUUUUAAUCCAUGCCUUAGUGAUGUUAUGACCUUUACAGUAACUACUUGAAGUAGUUUGUUUUUCAUUCUGCCCCCUCAAAAAAACACUGUAAUGUACAUUUGGUUCAGCUUCCAUUUUCCCUGUAAAUGUGUUAAUGAAUGUGCAACUGUAAAUCUUUUCAGAAUGUUUACAAAAUUUCUGUCAUAUGUUUUUAAGUUAAUUUUUAAUAAAAAUAAUUUUUAUAUUUAAAUUAUGUAAAACAUAGUGGGAGAAGCAGCCUUUUAUUGCAGAUCUAACUGCUGUCAAGUGUUUUUGAGCAGAAUAACACAGACAUUAAAGUUCACUGAAAUACAAGAUGAA